AUGGAGAUAGAAAAAAGGGUUAGUGAUGAAGAAAAAUGUGAAAAUAGUUUAAACCAAGUAAAUGAUAAAUAUAAUAAAGAGAAAAAAAGAAAGUUAUACGAAUUAAAUGAUUUGCAUCACCUAGUUAAUGCUCUUCCUUAUAUUGAUUCUUAUGAUAAUGAAUUUGAACAAGUGGCAAAAAAGAUGGUAGAAGAAGAAAUGAAAUUAAUGAAUGAGAAAAAUGAAGUAAAAAACUAUUUAGAAGAUUAUCAGAUUCCUUCAAUAAUGCAUUUUAAUAAUGAAAAUUCAAUUAUACAUAAUGAAUUAAAAAGAUGUGAAGAAAAUAAGAAAAUGGAGAAAAUUAAUUUUGAUCAUUAUAAUAUUAGUCAUACAUUAAAUGAUAUGAGUAUUAAUGAAUGGAAAAAUACAUUAAAAAAAUAUGAAAUUAUUUUAGAAAAUUCACACAAUGCUUUAAUAAAUAUUGAAUUAAUGAAUAAAUAUAGAGAGGUGAUGUGGAGCGAACACAUGAAAAUAUUUAGUCAUAUAGACAUAAAUUUACAGAAUAAUAUAAAAUCUUUAAAAGAAGAUAUAGAAAAUAUAAACAAAAAAAGAAAAUUACAUCAAUUAAAUUAUGCAAACGAAUUUACUACAUUACAAAAUGAAAGGAAAGAAUAUAAAAGAAAAAACAAUAUGGUUUUAAAUGAAAUAAAAAAAUUACUGUCUGAAAAUAUGCUAAUGCAAUAUAAGAAAAAUUUGAUAUAA